CUUACUACCACCAUCCUCGGUUCCCCGCUCCGGUUCCGGCGCGACCGCGACUAGAACUAGAUAGAUACACACAAGCGGACAAGCCGCGGAAGCAUGGCUUGGAGUUUCCACUUUGUUCCCUUGCUCCUCCUCCUCCUCCUGCUCUCCUCCACUUCCGCAGUGGCCACCUCCGGGCACAGCACCGGCAACGCCACCGCAAGCCUGAGGCCAGGGCGGGAGCCGCUCAAGCACCGGAGGAGGGUUAGGGCUCUCCUCGGCAGGCUCAACAAGCCCCCCCUCAACACCAUCAAGAGCCCGGAUGGUGAUUUAAUCGACUGCGUCCCCUCUCACCUCCAGCCCGCGUUCGACCACCCGAUGCUCAAGGGACAAAAGCCUCUGGACCCGCCGGAGAGGCCCAAGAACUACAACUCCACCAUUGCUGGAGCGGCGGUGGUGCAGGCGUGGCAUGCCACCGGCGAGGCGUGCCCGGAAGGGACGGUGGCGCUGCGGCGGACCACGGAGAAGGAUCUGCUCAGGGCCAGCUCCCUCAGGAGGUACGGCAGGAAGCCGCCACGCCGGACCACUCGCCGUGAUUCCACCAGCAGUGGCCAUGAGCAUGCAGUUGGGUACGUGAAUUCAGAGAAAUACUACGGGGCCAGAGCUAGUGUUAACGUGUGGUCACCCAGGAUAGAUGACCCAUCCGAGUUCAGCCUGUCGCAGAUCUGGGUCAUCUCCGGCUCCUUCGGCCACGAUCUCAACACCAUUGAGGCUGGAUGGCAGGUCAGCCCGGAGCUGUAUGGAGAUAGCAAUGCCAGGUUCUUCACUUACUGGACAACUGAUGCGUACCAAGAGACGGGGUGCUACAACCACAACUGCCGCGGGUUCGUCCAGACGACCAACAAGAUCGCCGUCGGCGCGGCCAUCACGCCACAGUCGGUGUACAACGGGAGGCAGUUUGAUAUUAAUCUGAUGAUAUGGAAGGAUCCCAAGCACGGGCACUGGUGGCUGGAGCUGGGCCCGGGCGUGGUGGUGGGCUACUGGCCGUCCGGCCUGUUCACCCACCUGGCGCACCACGCGAGGAUGGUGCAGUUCGGCGGCGAGGUCGUCAACACCCGGCCGCCGGGGUCCCACACGGCGACGCAGAUGGGCAGCGGCCACUUCCCCGGCGAGGGGUUCGACCGCGCCGCCUACUUCCGGAACCUGCAGGUGGUGGACUGGGACAACAGCAUCAUCCGGGCGUCCGGCCUCAAGCUCCUCGCCGACCACCCGGGCUGCUACGACAUCCAGGGAGGCUCCAACGGCCGCUGGGGCACAUACUUCUACUACGGAGGGCCAGGGAGGAACGUGAAAUGCCCCUGACCCCUGACAUUGUUAGGCUCUUGCUGUGUUGUUUCUUGGCGUUGUUUGCUUGCUUUUUUGUCACCAAAUCUUUUGCGAUAGUAGUCCGUACCCCCAUUAUUUCGACUAGGAUAUCAUUGUUAGGCUUAGGUCUUUUAGCUCCUGGAUCCAUAUGAGCGCUCGAGGGUUGAGAGGAAUCUGUAAAUUUUGACAAGUACAUGCAGGCGUGUGCAUUCUGUUUACCGAGGAAGUAGCACCAGUUUUUACUGUAAAAUGCUUCAGUGUUUCUACAGAUACAAUCGCAUUUCAUCUACUAUCUACUAUCUAUAUAUCUACCUACUACCACUAUAAAAAAAAGGGGGCAGAUCCAAACAAUUAUACCCGUCCAUCUACAAAAUUUAAUGGUCCAUAAUCCUUCUGUGUUUAACCCAACAAGCCACGCAAUUAAGCCACCUCACGCCCCUGUGCCGUUCCUCCCACUCCCACACGCCCCCGCGCCGUUCCUCCUCCCGCAGCCGGGCGCGGCCCGCAGGUCGCCGAGCCGCCGUCCCGGAGCCGCCCUUCGCCGCAGCCUCGCUGCACGCUGAGUCCUCCGAGGAGAUGGAAGCUGCUGUUCAACGAGGAGGGUUGCCUAGACGCAGCUGGAAUGAUUAUGAGAGUACAGCGUGGGGACGUUGUCUUCAUUUUGGUUAUGCGAACAGGGUGUCCACCCAAAUAUCAAAGGGGAAGUAUAUGGGAGUUUUUUCUGGGUUGUUACGACCCUAAAAGCACUACUGAACAGAGGAACCAAUUGCGGCAACAGAGAAGGUUCUGUUUUAUUUCACUCUUCAUUUGCAUCUUACUUUCGUCCUCUCAUCUAAGUCCAUUUUUAUCUCAUUACAGUUUCACUUUCCAUUGCGAUGCAUAAUUUUUAAAAUCUAGCAAAACACUCCCCAAUCACCUUUCUUUGUCCUUAUUUUGGCAAGAGUGGCUACUUUAAGCAUAUACUAGGAUAUGGACUGGACGACCGGCUGCAGGGAGUAGUGUAUGAUGCGUAUGCUCCAACAGCCAUAUUCAUGCAUUGCUUCACUGAUCUUAUUUUUGCCAAAGAUUGUCUAUACUUUUUUUGUGUGAUUCCUUGCUUCAGAAAUAUAAGAUUUAAUAUGCCAGAUAUUAAAUUUGUAAUCUAUAUAACCUUGUUUUCUCAGCAUGCCUUUCUCCUCAAAAUCCUACAUGUACUUGCUCCUUGUCCAGGCAUCCGAUGUUAGGAAAGAGAAGAGAUGGUCUUCGUCAGUUGCACUUAAGCAUGGGAAGGAUGCAGGUGAAGCGUGGACAAGGACACCGACGUUGCCGAGGUUGUUAUAGCAGCGACACUCGAGAACGCUCAAGGGAAGAGUAGACGCGCCUGGGUGGCUGGGUGACUCUGACCACUGGAAGCAGUUAAUCACAUGAUUGUAAAGGAAUAUGCAAAGCUGAUGAGACUAGAGCUAAAGUUCUUUCUCUUGGAUUCGUCAGUUAGUUAUAGAGAAGAGUUAGAGUUGGAUGGAGUAUCAAACAAUGGAAUCAAAUCAUGCAUGGAAUUGUAAGUCAACCAUAUAAGCAUAGACAUGUUUUCAGUUUUCCAAUGUAUAGUGGAAGUUAUUUAAGUCGUUUGAAACAUUAAUACAGAGUUUUUUCUAUUGAUGUUUGCUGUGAACGAUGCCAAUAUAUUCCCUUAAAAAAUUCGUGUGAAUAUAUUUGGAUGGUUUCAUCUUCAAAUAAGAUCUCUAUAGUAGCAAUAAUUUUGAAUAGAAGAUACUUCCUCUAUAAACAAAUAUAAGACGUUUUAGAUCACUAAAAUUAUAUGUUCACACUUAUACCAGUGUGAAAACUGAAUAAGGAUCAAUUUUAUUUUAGAUAAACGUGCAUUUGCACGUGUAUGAUUACUAGUCCUGUGAUAGAUCUCAGUAGCUGUGCAUAUGGAAAGUUAGCUGAUACUACAUGCGGUUGUUACAUAGGGGUCACUCAGCAUGUUCCUUAUCUAGCUUGGUUACUAGACUUGUUAGAUAGGAGACAGGAGCCACAUGCAUGGAUGAUGCUGAACUGAGCACACCGGAAAAACCAGUCAAUCACUCACAAUUACAACAAGACUGGAAAAAAUAAAUGUGUGGGCCACGUGUGAAAAAACUUGAGGUAAAAGGCUCUCCGGUCCACAAGCUUUUGAAAAAUGGCAAUCAAGCAUUUGAAAUAUGUGGAAUGUGUAUAGAAAAAUAUAGACCAUGCUUGAAAAAAAUGAUGAAAUCUUUUGAUUAUGUAUAUGAAAAUGUUAAUCAAGCAUUUAAAAAAAUGUUGAACAAAUAUUUCAAAAAUGUUAGUCAAGCAUUUGAAAAAUGUUAAAUGUGUAUAGGAAAAAUGUUGAGCAUGCAUUCAAAACAUGUUGAUAAAGCAUUUAUAAAAAGUUAUAUGUUUAUAGAAAAAAUGUUGAUCAUGUAUUACGAAAAUGUUAAUCUUGUAUUUAAAAAAUGUUAAUCAAGCAUUUCAAAAACGUGUAACGUGUAUAUAGGAAACAUGUUGACCAUGUAUUCAAAAAAUGUUAAUCUUGUAUUCAAAAAAUUGUUAAUCAAGCAUUUGAAAAAUGUUUAAAAUAUGUAUAGAAAAAAUGUUGACUGUAUCUUAAAAAACAUUAGAUUUGUAUUGAACAAAUGUUAAACGUGUAUUAGAAAAAUGUUGUUGACAUAUAAAAUAAAUUUAUAAUGAAAACUAAAAUAAACAAAGAAAACCUAAAAAUAAACCCCCCAAAAGAAAGAAAAUAAACCAAAAGGAAAAAAAAUCGAAGAAACAAAUGAAAAAGAAUGAAAAAACAAAAAAGGAGAAAAA